CGUUACUUACUCCGUGCCUUUAAUGGCAGCAGGCCUGUUCUAUUCUAACUUAUCUCUUUCCUCCAAGUCACAACUCUCUCUCUUUUUCGCGCGCGCGCGGGGAAAAUUUAGCAUUGGAAGUUCUUGAAACUUCACUGUUUCUUGUAAUUUUUGCAAAGCGAUUAAAUUUUCUUCUUAUUCCUUUUGAGAAACUUUUUUUAUUCGUUAUUUUCUUUAUCAACUGCAAAUCUGGAAUUUGUUAUUCUUGAUUCGAUUGCCAUCUCUUUGAUUUGUUAAUUUCAUGCUUGAAUUGUAAUCUCGAUUCGACUUUCUACGCAUUUCAUUUCUUUAAUACGAGGCUAAUCUCCGGGAUUUGUUGGUUCAUACGUAAAAACAGUGCAAAAUCCAGCAUUCCUUGCAUUGGGAUUCAAUCAGCUAUAAUAUCUCGAGAAGAUUUUGAAGAAAACUUUCCGAGAGCGAACUCCUUUAUCUUCCAUUUUUUUUUCUUUCAAAUUCAUAGUUUCUUAUGUUCUCUUGAAAAUCGGUUGGAAUCUUCAUGAAUACCUCUCUCCUCCCCUUUGAAUCAGUAAGAGCAAUACAGAACAGAGUCUCUUCAUUUGAGUGAGAGCUAUAGUAAUAGUUCCGACGAGAACAAUAUGAAUCUGAUAGCUGCGUUAAGCAUGUUUGCGCUAACGUUGGGACCGUCAUUCAUUUAUUCGGAGUCGGAGGAGCCGGAACGGCUUCUAGUGAAAAUGACUCUAGUUCAAGAGGCUUCGUCUCUCGGAGCUUAUUGCUUGGAUGGAAGUUUGCCUGCUUAUCAUCUCCACAGAGGAUUUGGCGCCGGAGAACACAACUGGCUUUUGCAGUUUGAGGGAGGGGGGUGGUGCAAUGAUAUUAAAUCAUGCUUGGAAAGAGCCCAAACCCGUCGAGGAUCAACAAGUUACAUGAACAAGUGGGAGGUGUUCUCGGGAAUCCUUAGCAACAAUGCUUCUCUGAAUCCUGAUUUUUACAACUGGAACCGCGUGAAGCUUAGAUAUUGUGAUGGAGCCUCAUUUGCGGGUGAUGCGAAGUUUGACAAUGGGACAUCAUUACUUUAUUUCAGAGGUCAAAGGAUUUGGCAAGCAAUUAUUUUUGAUCUUCUCCGGAAAGGUCUGGGAAAUGCGAAAAAGGCUUUGCUUUCGGGGUGUUCUGCCGGCGGCUUGGCAUCCUUUUUGCACUGUGACAACUUCACUGGAUAUCUACCAAGGAAUACAAGUGUGAAAUGCUUGAGUGAUGCUGGAUUUUUCUUGGAAGUGUGAGUUAUUAAUUCUUCAAAUCCAAUGUUAGAUUGCAUAUUUAUUUUCCCCUUCAAAUGUUAAAUUUUAUUUUUGUCACUGCAGAAGAGACAUAAGUUUGAACCACACUAUAAGGUCUUUCUAUGAAGACCUUAUUUCUCUACAGGUACACCUUUCACUGUAUGCAGACUGCUUUUAGUCCAAAACUCCAAAUAGCGUAUAUACCAUUCAGAUUUUCUUCGAUCAAAAAGUUGGAUAAUAUCAUUGUCAUACAGCCACCAGCCACUCAUUUACAAGUUUUCUGUGUAGAUUUCUAGAUAAGCAUAUAUUCAAAUUUAAUUAUUUCAAGACAUGGGGAUCCAUGCCCUUUAUUUAUUAGUUGUUUUCCUAAUGCUUUCCCUUUCUGGGAUCAGAAGAGAAAAAAAAUACGGCACCUUACAUGUCCAUAGAAGCUCUUAAACUCGGAUGAACAACCCUCUGAUGUAUUCAAUGUUUCUAACCAUAUCAUGCAUGAGAAUACAACUCUUGCAGGGCGUACAGCAGAAUCUGGAUAAAAACUGCACGACUUCUUGUUACUAUCCAGAUCAAUGCUUCUUCCCACAGUAUGCAUUGCCAUACAUCAGAACACCGUUUUUCAUCUUGAACUCAGCAUAUGAUGUGUACCAAGUAAGAUCUUUCAAUUCAUUAGUUUGAAAUUUUGAAGGCACAUGUCAUGCAAUUUUCUUGUUCUGGUGAUGCAAUGGUGAGAAGUGGCUGCAACGUUUGUGUCAACAGUUUCAUCACAUAUUGGUGCCACCUAAUGCUGAUCCGCUUGGACAUUGGUAUCACUGCAAGCUUAAUCCAGCAGCAUGUAGCACAAACCAGAUAAAUAUUUUGCAAGGUUGUUUUUGAUCCCUACCUUCUUUUUGAAGCAGAUAAUCUUCUUUCUUCCGAUUCCUUGUCACAACAUUCAUAUACCAAAUUCAUUUAUUCGAGGAACAGUUGAUCCCUUCUUAUAGCCUUUGGUUGAGAUCCGAACGAAUGAAUGAAAAUGAAUGUGUCCGUAAGAAAUAAUAAAUCAUAAAGCAUGAUGUUUGAAUAUCUAUAAUCGUUGAUACUAUAUCAGUUUACUAGAAUUUUGUUUUUCAGGAUUCAGGAAAUAUAUGCUUGCAGCUUUGAGUUUUUUCUUUGAAUUUUCAAGGAGAGGUGGGAUGUUUAUCAAUUCUUGUUUUGCUCAUUGCCAAAGUGAGUCACAAGACACAUGGUUUGCAGCUGAUUCCCCGAGGGUACACAAUAAGGUUUAUAAACAUCCUCUUUGCCCAGUUAGACACUGUAGUGCCAAUGAUUUUCCGUUCAUUCUGCUAUGCUAUUUGGUAUUCACUCACUCGAUUGGCUAAAUUCCAAAAAAUAAGAAACCAAAACUUAUCCAAAGAUCAGUCUGAGUUCUGAAUCUGUACAAAUUAUAUAUUUGUGUUAAGUAUAUUGUCUCGUUCAAAUCAUAGUGAAGUAAGCUAUGACCAAAUCCAGUCAUAAAAGCUCGAUGGAAAUGCCUUGGAAAUCUAAUGAGUGGAACGUAGACGUUACUUUUUAACAAAAUGAAUGGUAAAUUCCACACUAGUUAUUGGUGGAAUCAAUCUGGCUUAGGUCCAUUUGUCGGCCACUAGCAGUUUUUCUUUAAGUAGGAUCCUGAUCUGAUUGACCUGAUGUGUUCAUGCCAUCAUUGUGUGCGAGUUUAAGUCUUAUACUUGAAUUUGAGAUGAAUCAAAUUGAUCAACUUAUGCAGAGCAUGCCAUGUUUAGGGUGAAAUGUAUGACUCUCUAGAGUUUUUUGCAUAAAACUCCAACACUACGGUGAAGAAUGUGAAUAAUUAUGCACCCUUCUAUAUGGUGAAUUUGCCAAUGUUUGUCAAGACUGAAAGUCUUAUAAAGUAUCCAUCUUGAGUUAUAACCAUACAAUUUCUUCUAGACCAUUGCAGAAGCAGUUGGUGAUUGGUAUUUCGGAAGAAGGGUGACUAAGGAGAUUGACUGUGCUUAUCCUUGCGACACUACUUGCCAUAACCUGAUCGGCUAAUACUAUAGGUUCAGAUUUUGCAGGUUCCGUCGAAGAUUUUGAAGUUAGAUGGAACAGAGAGUAGCUAUUUUCAUGGAAAUUUCACAUUCUCAGAGUUAACAGAAGUCAUUUGGUAGCUUUUUCAGAGGAUGCGUUGCAGGGAGAGAUUAGAGAUACUUAGGGUUGGCUGUCUCAGCAUAUUGACGAAAAAAUAUUCAUUGCAACGGUGAGACCACUAAGUUACUAUGAUAUUUGCACGAUUUUUCUACUUCCAUUAA